AUGCAAAAGCCCCAAUUUUAUGCCCAGGGGGCAGCUCCACCACAGGAGACAGGACACGCCUCAGUCUGGGCAAAUUCCCGGCCUCCUUGGGCUCUAAGCCAGCAGCCGCCGCCCGCCACCUACUCUCCUCCUCCGCCGUCACCCCGGCCGCCCUGCCGGGCCCCGAACUCGCCCGCGCCAGGGCGCGCGGUCCCUCGGCCCGCGGGGCUGGAGGAGCGGUUGGGACAGGACCGAUGUGGCCUCUUCCGUCAGGCUUUGCGGCUGCCGGGUGGAGGCGGCGACUGGACGCCUGCAGAGGCGCUCCCGGUCCCUGAAGAGGCCGGUACCAACCCGAGGGCUGAAGACAGCUGCCGUGAGGACAAGCCGGGCAGCCCCGGGGCCCUGAGGGCCCGACUUGAGAAGCUGGAGGCCAUGUACCGCCGGGCCCUGCUGCAGCUGCACCUCGAGCAGCGGGGACCACGUCCGCAUGAGGACAAGGAGGAGCAGCCUCUGCGGGAACCCGACUCUGGCCUCCGCUCCCUGAAGAGGCGGGUCCCAACCAGAGGGCUGAAGACAGUCACUUUUUUGUGCCAUUGAAGUAACUAUUGAGACUUAAAUCACUUUGGGGAGUUUUGAUAUACAAUUUACAAUUUCUUAAAAGUCCUUAGUCAAAUUAAGGUAAAUUGUCUAUUUACUAAUUAAGCUAAUUAAACAUUAAAGAUUAAAAUAAUGGUUAGACUAAUCCUUAGAUUAUUUUAAAAGAUCACUGUUACAUAAAGUGAAAAGAACAUGAUAGUUACAAAGGUCAACCAAAGCCAGAUUUAAAUUAUUAUAUUCAUACAGGUAUCUUUUUUAAAAUGUAAAAAUGUAACCCUUCAAAUAAUACUCGUUGGAACCUUUCAGAUGAUUUUUAAUGCAACAGAUUUAUUU